CACGAGUAAGUGAUGGCUUGGCAAUCGCAGGAGAACUUCAUAGUCCAGUGAGGUAUAAAAACAGUUGACGAUCUGAACGGAGCACACAUCAGCUGAUUCCAGCAACAGUACACUACCAUCAUGUACAGCAAGAACUCGAUGCUUGUGUUGGUCGCCGUGAUGGCUCUGGCAACAGUAACAAGGGCAGGGGUUGCUCCUUUGGCAGCUGCGGCCCUGCCGUACGCAGUUGCACCCUUCGGAAGUUCAUACACCGCCCAUUCAAUCAACCACGCACUCGCCGCCCCCGUUGCUGUCCCUGCUGCCGCCCCCCUGGUUGCCGCUCCCGCAGUCUAUGCGCCGCAAGUUGCCGCCCCCGCAGUCUAUGCGCCGCAUGUUGCCGCCCCCGCUCUCUAUUCACCCCAUGCCGCCGCCUACAUAGCCGGUUAGAAAUGUACGCCUCCAUCAGUCAACUUACAAGAAUUGGCAAGAUUUCUGUGAUAAGCAUACGACCAGACGAAGGAUACAAAUUCGUGGGUUUAUUGUUAUAUAAAAAUUCGAUGAUUUGUUUUAAAAAACUUCUAAACUUUCUGGUUCAGAUGUACAAACAAAAUAUACAUUUUUAUCUUAUAAUGAAAACGUUUUACCGGAAGAAAUAAAGUCUGACGAUAAGAAAA